UUGCUGCUCCAAUCAGCACAGCUCUAAUGAUCAAGAGCACCACCGCAGCCGCUCCAACAAGAACCACAGCUGCUUCAAACAGCGCCUCCACCAGCACCGCUCUAACAAGCACCACAGCCACUCCCACCACCUCUACCAGUCCAAACAGCGCCGUUACGACAACUACGAGCACUCCUCCAUCUGCCAGCUCCGCUUCAACAACCACCACAGCUGCUCCAACCGGCGCCUCCACCAGCACUGUUCCAAACACCACAGACGCAUCAACAACAAAGGCCUUCAGUGCUGCUUCUCCAACCACCACAGCUGCUUCAACCACCACCACUGCUGCUCCAACCAGCGCCUCCACCAGCACUGUUCCAACCGCCACAGGCGCAUUAACAACAAAGGCCUUCAGUGCUGCUUCUCCAACCACCACAGCUGCUUCAACCACCACCAGUGCCACUCCAAACAGCGCCUCCACCAGCAUUGUUCCAACCACCACAGCUGCAUCAACCAUCACCAGUGCCGCUCACUCCUGUGCCACUACAUCUACUAGCGCUGUACCUACCACCACUAGUGCAUCAACAACCAUGGCCUCCGGCUGUGCCCCUCCAGCCACAACUGCUUCUCCAACCACCAGCAGUGCGGCUCCAAAAACCAUUACCGCUCCAACGAUCAAGAGCACUGCUCCCACCACCACUACUACUACAAACAGCGCUGUUCCUCCAACUAUAAUCAUUCCUCCAACCACCAGUUCCGCUCCAACAACCACCACAGCUGCUUCAACCAGUGCCUCCUCCAGCACUGUUCCAACCACCACAGGCGCAUCCACAAUCAAGGCCUUCACAAUUGCUGCUCAAUACAACACAGCCACUCCCACCAUAUCUACCACUCAAAAUAGCGCC